UUUUGGUUGGGGGGGUGUGGUGGGUGUGUUGGGGGGGGGGUUGGUGGUGGGUGUGGUGUUGGUGUUGUGUUUGUGUUUUGGGGGGUGUGGGGUGGGUGGGGGGGUGGGGUUGGGUGGUGGUGGGUUGUGUGGGUGGUGUGUGGUUGUGGGGUGUGUUGGGGGGGGGUUGGGUGUGGGGGGGGGUUGGGUGGGUGGGUGGUGUUUGUGUUUGGGGUGUGGGGUGUGGGGUUUUGGGGUGUUGGUGGGGGUGUUGGGGGGGUGGGUGGGGGGGGGUGGGUUGUGGUGGUGUGGGGGGGUGUGGGGGUGGGGGUGGGGGGUGGGUGGUGGGUUUGGGUGGGUUUUGGUGUUGGGGGGGGGGUGGGUGGGGUGGGGGGUUUGGUGUGGUUGUGGUGGGUGGGGGGGGGGGGGGGUGGGGUUUUGGUGGGGGGGUGGGUUUGGUGUUGUGGUGGGGGGGGGGUUGGGGGGUGGUUUUUUUGGGUGGGUGGUUUGUUGGGGGGGUGUGGGUUGGGGGGGGGGGGGGGUGGGGUGGGGGGUUGUGUGUGGGGUGUGGGUGGGGGGGGGGGUGGUGUGUUGGGGGGGUGGGUGGGGUGGUGGUGGGUGGGUGUGUGGGGGGGUGUGUGGGGGGGUGGGGGGGUGGGGGGGGUGGGGGGUGGUUUGUUGUUGUGGUUGUGGGGGGUGGGUGGUGUGUGGGGGGUGGGGGGGUGGGGUUGUGGGGGGGGGGGUGGGGGUUGGGGGGUUGGGGGGGGGGGGGGUUGGUGGUGGGGGUUGGUGGGGGGGGUUUGUGUUGUGUGGUGGGGGUGGGGGGGGGGUGUGGGUGUGGGGGGGGGGGGGGGGGGGGGGGUUGGGGGGUGGGUGUGUGUGUGGGGGGGGUGUGGGGGGGGGGGUGGGGGGGGGGUGGUUGGGGUUGGGGGGUGGGGGGGGGUGGGGGGGGGGGGGGGGGGGGGGGGGUGGGUUGGGGUGGUGGGGUGGUGGGUGUUGGGGGGGUGGGGGGGGGGGGGUGGGGGGGGGGGGGUGGGGGGGGGUGUGGGGGGGGGGGGUGUGGUGGGUGGGGGUGGGGGGGGGUGGGGGGGGGGGGGGGGGGGUGGGGGGGGUUGGGUGGGGGGGGGUGGGGGGGGGUUGUUGGGGUUUGGGUUGGUUGGGGGGGGGUGGGGGGGGGUUGUUGUGGGGGGGGGGUUGGUUGUUUGGUUGUUGGUGGGGUUGGGGGGGGUGGGGGUUUGUGGGGAGUUGCUGGGUGGAGUGGGGGGGGGGGGGUGUAUAGGGUGGUUGGGGGGGGUUUGGGGGGGGGGGGUUGGGGGGGGGGUGUUGUUGGGGGGGGGGGUGGGGUGUGGUGGGGGGUGGUUGGGUGGUGGGGGGUGGUGGUUUGUUGUUUGUGUGGUGUUAUUGUGUGGUGUGUUGUGUGGGGGGGUUGGUGGGGUGUGGGGUUGGUGUUUGUAUGGGUGGUGGUUGGUGGGGGGUGGUUUGGGUGUUGGUUUGGAUGGUUGGUGGGGGGGGGGGGGGGGGUGGGGGGGGGUGGGGGUGGUUUGGGGGUGGGGGGGGUGUGUUGGUGUGGUUGUUUGGGGGGGGGUGUGUUUGGGGUUGGGGUUGGGGGGGUGGGUUGGGUUGGGGGGGGGGUGGGGAGUGUUGGUUGUUUUGGGUUGGUGGUGGUGUGGGUGUGGGUUGGGGGGUUGAGUGGGGUUUGUUGGGUGGGGUGUGGUGUGGGUUUUGGUGAUUGGGUGGGGGGUGGGGGGGUGGUAGGGUGUGGUGGGGUUGUGGGGUGGGGGGUUGUGGGGGGGUGUUGGGGGGGGGGUUUUGUUGGGAGGGUGGGGGUAGGUUUGGGGUGUUGUGUGUGUGUUUGGUGUGUGUGGGUGGGUGGUGUGGGGGGGGUGGGUGGUGGGGUUUUGGGUGGGGGGGGGUUGGGUGGGGGUUGUGGUGGGGUGUUGUGGUGGGGGGGUGGUUGUUGGGUUUGUUGUUGUUGGUUGUUGUGGUUUGUUUUGUGUUGUUGUUUUGGGGGGGGGUGGGGGGGUGGUGUGGGGGUGGGUUGGUUUGGGGUGGUGUUGGGUGGGUUUGUGUGUGGGGUGUGUGUGUGUGGGGUGUGUGGUGGGUUGUUGGGGGGGUGGUGGUGGUUUGUUUGGGGGUUGUUUUGUUUUGUUUUUGGGUGGGGGGUUGGGGGGGGGGUGGGGUUGGGGGGUGGGGUGGUUGGUGGUGUGUGUUGUGGUGGUUUUUGGGGUUUUGGGUGGUGGGGGGGUUUGUGGGGGGUGGUGGGGGUGUGGGGUUUUGGUUUGGGUUGGGUUGGUUGGUUGGUGGUGUUGGGUGGUGUGUGUUGUUUUGUGUGGUGGGGUGUGUUGUUGGUGGUGUUGGGUUUGGUGUGGUUUUUUGGGGUGGAUUGUUGGUGGUGUGGUUGUUGGGGUGGGGGUUGGUGGUUUGGGGGGGGGUGUUGGUGGUGGGUGGGGGGUGGGGUGUUGGGGGGUGUGUGGGGGUGUGGGGGGUGGUGGUGGUGGUUUUGUGGUGUUGGGGGGAGGGGGUUGGGGGGGUUUGGUGUUGGGGGGGGGGGGGGGGGGGGGGGGGGGGGGGGGGGGGGGGUGGGUGGGGGGGGGGUGGGGGGGGUGGGUUGGUGGGGGGGUUGGUGGGGUGGGGUGGGGGUGGGGUGGGGUGGGUGGGGGGGGGGGGGGGGGUGGGGGGGGGGGGUGGGGGGGGGGUUGUUGGGUGGUGGGGGGGGGGGGUGGGUGGUGUGGGGGGGGGGGGGGUAUGUGGGGUGGGGGGGUUGGGUGUUGGGGGGGGUGGGGGGGGUUUUUGUGUGGUGGGUGGGGGGGGGGGGGGUGGGGUGGGGGGGGGGGGGGGGGGGGGGGGGUGUUUGGUGGGGGGGUGGGGGGGGGGGGGUGGGGGGGGGUGGGGGGGGUGGGGGGGGGGGUGGGGGGGGUGGGGGGGGGGGUGGGGGUGGGGGGGUGGGGGGGUGGUGGGGGGGUUGGGGGUGGGGGGGGGGUUGGGGUGGGUGGGGGGGGUGGGGUGGGGGGGUUGGUGUGGGUGGUGUGGUGGGGGUGGGUGUUGGGGGUGUGGGUUGGGGGGGGGGGGGGGGGGGGGGGUGGGGUUGGUGUUGGUUGUUUUGUGUGUUGGGGUGGGGGGGGGGGUGGUUGUUGUGGGGGGUGUGGGGGGGGGGGGGGGGGUGGGGUGGGUGGGGGGGGUGGGGGGGGGGGUGGGGGGGGGUGGGGUGGGUUGGGGGGGGGUUGGGGGGUGGGGGGUUGGUGGGGGGGGGGGGGUGUGGGUUGUUUGUUGUUGUGGUUGUUUGUGGGUGGGUGGUUGUUGGGGUUGGGGGUUGGUUUUGGUGGGUGGUGGGGGGUGUGGGGUGGGGGGGGGGUGGGGGGGGGGGGGGGGUGGGGUGGGGGGGGGGGGGUUUGGGGUGGGGGGGGGGGGGGGGGGGGGUGUGGGGGUUGGGGGGGGGGUGGGGGGGGUUUUGGGUGGGGUGGGGGGGGUUGGGGGUGGGGGUUGGGGGGGGUGGUGGGUUUUUUGGGGGUGUUGGGUGGGUUGGGUGGUGGGGUGUGGGGUUUGGUGGGGGGGGGGGUGGGGGGGUUGGGGUUUGGGGGGUGGUGGUUGGUUUGUGGGUGUGUUUGUUGUGUGGGGGUUGUGGGUUGGUGGGGGGGGGGGGUGGGGGGGGGUGGGGGUGGGGGGGUGGGGGUGUGGGGGGUGGUGGUGGGGUUUGGGUUGUGGGGGGGGUUUUGGGGGUGUGUGGGUUGGUUUGGGGGGGGGGGGGGGGGGGGGGGGGGGGGUGGGUGGGGGGGGUGGGGGGGGGGGGGGGGGGGGGUUGGGGGGGGGGGGGUGGGGGGUUGGGGUGGGGGGGGUGGGGGUGUGGGGGUGGGGGGGGGGUGGUGGGGGGUGUGUUGGGGGGUGGGGGGGGGGGGGGGUUUGGGGGUGGGGGGUUGUGGUGGGGUGUGGGUGAUUUUGGGUUUGUGGGGGGGGUGUUUGGGGGUGGGGGUGGUAGGGGGGGGUGGGGUGGGGGGGGGGGGGGUGUGGGGGGGGGGGGGGUUGUGGUUGGGGUUGGGGGGGGGGUGGGGUGGGGGGGUGGGUGUUGGUUGUUUGUGGGGGUGUGGGGGGGGGUGUGGUGGGUGGGGUGUUGGGGUUGUUGGUGGGGGGGGGGGGGGGUGGGAGGUGUUUUUUGGGUGGGGGGUGGGUGUGGUUGUGUUGGGGGGUUGGGGUUGGGGUUGGGGGGUGGGGUGGAUGGUUGGUGGGUGGGUGGUGGGGAGGGUGGGGUGGGGGUGGGGGGUGUGGGGGUGAGGUGGGGGUGGGGUUUGGGUUGUGGUGUGGUGUGGGGGUGGGUUGGGGGUGGGGUGGUGGGGGGUGGGGUGUGGGGGUUGGGUUGGUGGGGUGGGGUGGUGGUUUGGGGUGUGGGAUGGGGGUGGUGGGGUGUUGUGGGGGUGGGGUUGGGUGGUGGGGUUGGAGGGUUGGGUUUGGUGUUUGUGGUGGUGGUGUGGGUUGUGUGGUGUUGGGUUUGUGGGUGGGGGGUUGUGUGGGGUGGGGGGGGGGGGUGGGUGGGUGGGUGUUUGGGGUUGUGGGGGGGAGUUGGGGGGGGUUUGGGGGGUUGGUUUGUGGGGGGUUUUGGUGGGUGGGGUGGUGGUGGUGGGGUGGGUGGUGGGGUUUGGGGGGGGGGGGUGUGUGUGGGUGGGGGGGGGGGGUGGGUUGGGGUGGUGGGGUUGGGUUGGGGGGGGGGGGUGUGGUUGGGUGUGUGGGGGGGGUGGGUGGGUGGGGGGGGUUGGGUGGGGUUGGGGUUUGGUGGGUUGUGUGGUUGGGUGUGUUGGUGGGUUGGUUGUGGUUUGGGGGGUGGUGGGGGUGGGGGGUGGGUAGGGUGUGGGUUGGGGGGGUGGGUGGGGGGGGGGGGGGGGUGGGUUGGUGAUGUGGGUUGUGUGGGGUGGGUGGUGGUGUGGUGGGGUGGGGGGGUGGGGUGGGUGGGUGGGUGGGGUUGGGGGGGGGGGUGGUGGGGGGGGGUAUGGUUGGGGGGGGGGGGUGGGGUGGUGUUGGGUGUGGGGGUUGGUGAGUGGGGGGGUUGGGGGGGGGGUGGUGUGGGGGGGGGUGGUGGGGUGGGGGGGUGGGGGGUGGGGGGGGGGGGGGGGUGGUGGGGGGGGGGGGGGGUUUGGGGUGUGGGGGGUGUGUGUGGGUGGUGGGGGGGGGGGGUGGUGGGGUGGGGGUGGUGGGGGGGGGGUGGGUUUGUGUGGGUGGGGGGGGGGGGGUGGGGUGGGGGGGGGGGUGGGGGGUGGGGUGUUUUGGGGGUUUGUGGUGGUGGUGGUGGGGGGGGGGGGGGGGUGGUGUGGGGGGGGGUGGGGGGGGGGGGGUUGGUUGGGGUGGUAGGUGGGGUGUGGGGGGGGGGUUGUGGGGGGGGGGGGUUGUGGGGUGGGUGGGGGGGGGUUGUUUGGUGGUUGGUGGUGUUUGUUUUGGGGUUGGUGGGUUGUUUUGUGUGGUUGUGUGGGGGGGGGGGGGGGUGGGUGGUGGGGGGUUGGUGGUGUGUGUGGUGUGGGUGGGUGUGGUGUGGGGUUUGUGUGUGGGGGUUUGGGGGGGGUGUGUGGGGGGGGGGGGUGUGGGGGGGGGGGGUGUGGGGUGGGGUGGGGUGGUUUGGGGUGGGGGGUGUGGGUGUGGGGUGGGGGGGUGGGUUGUGGGGGGGGGUGUUUGGUGGGGUGUUGGGUGGGGGGGGGGGGGGUUGGGUGGUGUGUGGUGGGGUGUGGUGUGGUUGGUGGGGGGGGGGGUUGGGGGGGUUUGGUGGUGGUGUGGUGGGGGGGGGUUUGGGGUUGGGGUGUGGGGGGGGGGGUUGGGUGGGGGGGGGGUGGGGUGGGUGGUGUGGGUGGGGGUGUUGGUGUGUGUUUUUGGGGGGGGGGGGGUUUGGGGGGGGGUGGUGUGGGGGUGGGGGUUUGGUGGUGGGUGGGGGGGGGGGGGUGGUGGGUGUGUUGGGUAUGUUUGGGGGGUGGGGGGGUGUGGGGGGGUUUUUUUUUUGUGGUGUGGGGGUGUGGGGGGGGGGGGUGUGGGUUUGGGGGGUUUGGUGGGUUUUGGUGUGGGGGUGUUGUGUGUGUGGGGUUGUUUGUGUGUUGGUGGGGUGGGGUGUGUGUGGGUGGGGUGGGGGGGGUUUUGUUGGGGGUGGUUGUGUGGGGUUGGGGGUGUUGGGGGGGGUGGGUGUGGUGGGGUGGGGUGUGGGGGUUUGGUGGGGGUGUGGUGGGGGGGGUUUGGUGGUUUGUUUAGGGGGGUGGGGGGGGGUGGUUGGUGGGUGGGUGUUUUGUGGGUGGGUGUGUUUGGGGGGGUGGGGGGGGGGGGGUUUGGGGGGUGGGGGGGGGUUGGGGUUGGGGGUUGGUUGGGUGUUUGGGGGUGGGGGGGGGGGGGGGGAUGUUAUUGGGUGGGGGGGUGGGUUUGGUGUUAGGGUGGGUUGGGUUUGUUGGGUUGGUGGUUAUUGUGUUGGGUGGGGGGGGGGUGUUUUUGGUUGGUGUGGUGUGUUGGGUGGUGGUUGGUUGGGGGGGGGGUGGGGGUGGUGGGUUGUUGGUGGGGUGGUUGUUGUGUGGUGGGGGGGUGGGUGUGGGGGGGGGUUGGGGUGGUUGGUUGUGAUUGGGGUGUGUGGUGUGGUGGGGGGGUUGUUGUGGGGUGGUGGGGGGUUGUGGGGGGUGGGGGUGGUUGGUGGGUGGUGGGUGGGGGGGGUUUUGUGGGUGGUUUUUGGUUGGGGGGGGGAGGUUGUGGGGGGGUGGUGUUGUGGUUUGGUGGAGGGGGGGUUGGGGUGGUGGGGGGGGUUGGGGGGGGGGUUGGGUGUGGGGGGGUGUUUGGGGUGGUGGGGGUUGUUGUGGGGGUGGGUGGGUUGGGGUGGGGGUGGUGGGGGUGGGGGGUGGUGGGGGUGGUUUGGGUGGGGGUUGUUGGUGGGGUGGGGGGGGGGUGGGUGGGUGGGGUGGGUGGUGGGGGUGGGGUGGGGUUUUGGUGGGGGGGGGGGGGGGGGUGGGUGGGGGGGGGUUGGGGGGGGGGGGUUGGGGGGGGGUGUGGUGGGUGGGUUUGUUGGUUGGGGUGGUGGGGGUGGGGGUGUGGUGUGGAGUUGUGUGUGUGGGGGGUGUUGGUUGUUGUGUGUGGGUGGUUGGUGGGGGGUUGUGUGGUGGGGGGGGGGGUGGGUUUGGGGGUGUUGGGGGGUGUGUGGUUGUGUGGGGGGUGUUGGGGGGGGGGGGGUUGUGUGGUGUGUUGUGGAGUGGGGGGUGGGUUUUGGGGGUGUGGUGGGUUGUGUUUUGUGUGUGUGUGUGUGUGUUGGGGUUUGUGUGGGGAUGGUUGGUGGGGUGGGGGGUGGGGUUGUGGGGAUGUGGGUAUGGUUGGUGGGGUGGGGGGGGGUGGGGGGGGGGGUGGAUAGGGUGGAUUUGGUGUGGGGGGGGGGGGAGGGGGGGGGGGGGGUGGGGGUGGGGGGGGGGGGGGUGGGUUGUGGUGGGGGUGGGGGGGGGUUGGGGUGGGGGGGUGGGGGGGGGGGGGGGGGGGGGGUGGUGGGUUUGUGUUGGAGGGGGGGGGAGGGGGGGGUGGGGGUGGGGGGUUGGGAGGGGUGGGGUUUGGGUGUGGGUGGGGGUGGUGGGUGGGGUGGUGGGGGGGGGGGGGGGGGGGGUGGGUGGGGUGUGGGGUGUGUGGUGGGGGGGGGGGGGGGUGGGGGGGUGUGGGGGUGGGGGGGGGGGGGGGGGUGGGGGGGGGGUGGGGGGUGUGGGGUUGUUUGGUUGUGUGUGGGGGGGUUGGGGGUGGGGGGGUGGGGGGGUGGGGUGUGGGGUGGUGGGUGGGGGGGGGGGGGGGGGGGUUGGGUGGGGGGGGGGGGGUUGGGGGGUGUGGGUGUGUGGUUGGGGGGUGGGGUUUGGGGGUGUGGUGUUUGGGAGUGGGUGGUGGGGGGGGGGUGUUGGGGUGGGGUGUGGGUGGUUGGUGUUGGGGUGUGGUGGGGGGUUGGUGGUUUGGGGGGUGGGUGGGUGUGGGGUUGGGGGGUUGGGUUUAUUGGGGUUGGGGGGGGGGGUGGGUGUUGUGGGGGGGUGGGUGGGGUGUGGGGGUGGGUGUUUUGUGGGGGGUGGGUGUGGUGUUUUGAUUUGUUUUUUGUUUGUGUUUUGUUGGGUUGUGUGUUUUUGUGUUGGUGGUGGUGUUUGUUGGGGUUGUUGUGUUGGGGGUUGGGGAGGUGGUGGUGGUGGGUGUGUGUAGGGGUUGGUGUUUAUGGGGUAGGGUUUGAUUUUGUGGUUGAUGUGGUUUUUGUGUGUGUGUUGUGGGGGUGGGGGGUGGGUUUUUGUGGUGGUGGGUUGUUGUGGUUGGGUUUUUUUGUUUUUUGUUGGUUGGUUGGUGGUGUGUUGGUUGGGGUUGGGUUGGUUUUGGGGGGGGGGUGGGUGGGGGGGGGUUGUGUGUGGGGGGGGGGGGGGUUGGGGGUGUGGGGGGGGGGGGUGGGGGUUGUUGGGGUUUGUUGUGGGGGUUGUUGGUGGGUGGGGGGGGGGGUUGUGGUUUGGGGGGGGGUUGGGUGGGGGGUGGUUUUGUGGGGGGGGUGUGUGUGUGUGGGUGGGGUGUGGGUGGGGGGUGGGGUGUGGUGUGUUUGGUUGGUGGUUGUGGGUGUUGUGGUUUGGGGGGGGGGGGGAGGUGUGGGUAUUGGGGUAUUUUUUGGGUUGGUGGGUGGGUGGGGGGGGGGGGGGGGUGGGGUUGGGUGGGUGAGUUGGGGGUGGUUGUGUGUGUGGGGGGUUUUUUGUGGGGGUGGUGGGGUUGGGAGGGGGGGGGGUUUGGUUGGGGGGUUUGGGGGGGGGGGGGGGGGGUUGGGGUGGGGGUUUUGUGAUGGGUGUGGGGGGGGGGGGGGGUUGGGGGUGUGGGUGGGGGGGGGUGGGGGGGUUUGUGGGGGGGUGUUGUGGGGUUGGUUGUGGGGGUGUUUGUGGUGGGGUGGGGGUGGGGGGGGGGGGGGGGGUUGGGUGUUUGUGGGUUGUUGUUGGUGGGUGGUAGGGGGGGGGUGGGUGGUUGGGGUGGUGGGUGGUGUGGGUGUUUGUGUGGGUGGUGAGGGGGGGUGGGGGGGGGGGGGUUGGGGGGGGGUUGUUGGGGGGUGGUUUGUGGUUGGGGGUUAUUGGGGGUGUUGGGGGGGGGGGGGGUUGGGGGGGGGGGGGGGGGGUGGGUGGGGGGGGGGUGGGGGGGGGGUGGGGGGGGGGGGGGGUGGGGGUGUGUUGGGGGGGGGUGGGGUGGGGGGUGGGGGGGGGGGGGGGGGAGGUUUGGGGGGGGUUGGUGGGGGGGGGGGGGGUUGGGGGGGGGGGUGGUGGGGUGUGGGUGGUGGGGAGGGUGGUGGGUGGUUUUUGGGGGGUGGGGGGGGGGGGGUGGGGAUGUGGGGGUGGGGUGGUGGGUGGGGGGGGUGGUUGUUGUGGGGGUGUGGGGGGGGUUUGUGGUUGUGGGGGUGGGGGGGGGGGGGGGGGGUGGGUUGGGGUUGGGUGGUGUGUUGGGGUUGUUGUUGGGGUGUGUGGGUUGUGUGUUGGGUGGGGGGGGUUGGGGUAGUGGGGGGGGUGGGUGUGGGGGGUGGUGGGGGGGGGGGGGGGGGGGGGGUUUUGUGGGUGGGUGUGGUGGGUGUGGGGGUGUUGGGGGUUUUGGGUGUUUGGGGGUUUGUGUGGUUGGUUGAGGGUUUGGGGUGUGGGGGGGGUGAGGUGGUGGUGUGUUGUGGUUGGUGGGGGGGGUGGUGUGUGGUGGUGGGGUGUUGGGGUGGUGGUGGGGUGGGGGUGGGGGGGGGGUUUUUUGGUGGGGGUGUUGUGGGGGUUGGGUGGGGGGGGGGUGGGUUGGGUGGUUGGUUUUGUUGGUUGGGGGGGUUUGGGGGUGGUUGGGGGGGGGGGGGGGGGGGUGGGGUGUGGGGGGGGUGUGGGUGGGGGGUGUGGUGGGGGUGGGGGGGGGGGUGGGGGUUUGUGGGUGGGGGGGUGGGUUGUGGGGUGGUGGGUUGUUGUUUUUGUGGUUGUUUGUGUGUUGUUGUGGGGUUUGUGGGGGGGUGGUGUUGGGGUGGGGGUGUGGGGGGGGUUGGGUGGUUGGUGUGGGGGGGGGGGGGUGGGGGGGGGGGGUGGUGUGGGGGGUGGGGUGGGGGGGUGGGGGGGUGUGGGUUGGUGUUGGGGGGGUGUGUGGUGGGUUUUGUGUGGUGGGUGGGUGGGGGGUGGGUGGGGUGGGGGUGGUGGUGGGUGGGGUGGGGGGUGGGGGGUUGGUGGUGUGGUGGGGGGGGUGUGGGGGUUUUUGGGGUGUGGGUGGGGGGGGGGUGUGGGGGUGUGGGGGUGGGGUGUGUGGUGGGGUUGGGUGUGGGGGGGGGGUGUGGGGGGGGGGGGGGUGGGUGGGGUGGGGGGGGGGGGGGGGGGGUGGGGGGUGUUGGGGGUGGCCGCCUCGGUUUUAUAUGUCAUCGCAAACACCGAAAGUAA